AUGGAGGAAAAUACAAGAGUCUUCGUGUCAGGCUUGCCACCUACUUUCUCUAAUGAUGAGCUGCGAAAGCACUUCUCUACUCGGUAUCAGGUUACUGAUGCUCAUGUCAUCCCUAAACGAAGGAUUGGUUUUGUGGGCUUCAAAACGCCUACAGAAGCACAAGAUGCUGUCAAUUACUUUAAUAAAACAUACAUAAGAAUGUCAAAAAUUGCAGUGGAGAUGGCGCGACCGGUAUGUAGCUUUUCCCUUCCGCUGUACUCUGCGCUCCCAACUUUCCCACUCUGCGAUUUUACGGAGCCCCCUUUGAAGGCUGACCCAACUGAAGGAUUUUAUGAAGCUGACCGAAUUCCUAAGGUCGACGCUGAUCCACCAGUAGUCGGGAAGGCAAAUCCAAGACAUGCUACAUCAACCGACUUCACAACUCUCAAACGAAAGCACGACCAAGUAGAACAGAGCCUAGACCCCAAGCUCCAGGAAUAUCUUGCCACGAUGAAACCGACAAUUAGGUCGAAGACUUGGGCUGACGAUGGUAUAUUAGUCAAUGCUAACGGAGAAUCAACGGAUAGUGCUCAAGUUAUAUCUUCUGGCAAUACUGAAACACCCAGCAUCAAAGCCAAGCGCCUGAAGCCUGGCCAUGAGCCCACUCUUAAAACCAAGCAGACGGAGCGACUGGAUGAUGUAACUGAAGAUAAUUCCGUAGCAAAGAAGUCUGUGUCUUUCGAGACUGAAGAUGAACCUGAGGCCACGUCUGUUGAAGAGGCACCAAAAUCCGAUAUGGAUUGGUUGCGAUCGAGAACGAGUCGACUUCUUGGCCUGGUUGAAGAUGAUGAAGACGAGGGAUCUCACGAGACUACUGAAAUACAGGAAAUUGAAGAAAACUAUGAUAGGGACAUUGAAAACGCAAGGAAACGGAAAGCGCAGGAAACUUCGCCACCUAUUCAAAACGAACCACCCAAUCCACCCGAUCAGAACGAAUCCUUUGACGCGAAUAUAGGUCAACUCCGUGAAACUGGUCGGCUUUUUGUUCGAAAUCUUCUCUAUAAUGCUAGUGAGAGUGACAUGGAGCCACUAUUUUCUCCAUUCGGAAAGAUCGAUGAGAUUCAUGUUGCGUUUGAUACGCGACAUUCCAAAAGCAAAGGCUUUGCUUACGUACAGUACGCAAACCCCGAGGCUGAUGCAGUUAUGUCAUCAGUAUCCGAAAGGCUUGGAGUUUCGAAAUCCGAGCUUCUUGACCCCACGUCCUCUGACGCAGCAAUCAGGCAAGCCCAUGCUGAAACGCAUGUGAUCCAAGAAACAAAAGCCUACUUCUCAUCUAAUGGAGUGAACCUGGAUUCGUUCAAGCAACGGGAACGUGGAAAUACCGCAAUCCUAGUUAAGAAUUUCUCCUUUGGUGUAAAAGCUGACGAUAUAAGAAAGCUAUUUGAACCGUUUGGACAAAUCAAAAGACUCUUAAUGCCCCCGAGUGGCACGAUAGCCAUCGUUGAGUUCGUCAUGGCGGAUGAGUGCCAAAAGGCAUUCAAGGGACUCGCUUAUCGAAAACUAGGUGAUUUAAUUCUGUUUCUGGAAAGAGCUCCUAAAGACCUAUUCGAUGAGAAAGCGACUGCUUCAAGGGUUAUAGCACCUCCUCCAAAGGUGGUCUCGCAAACAUUCUCAACUUCGGAUACUUUCAAGGCGACUGAAACGGAAGAAGCCGAGACUCCGCUGGAGACAUCCACUCUCUUCGUUCGAAAUCUUAACUUUUCAACAACAAAUGCCCGUCUGACAGAGGUGUUCCAACCACUGGAUGGAUUCCUGUCCGCUAGGGUGAAAACAAAAGCCGACCCAAAGCGGCCAGGAGAAACGCUUAGCAUGGGUUUUGGAUUCGUGGAGUUCCGCACAGCUGCUCAAGCUCACGCCGCACUCGCCACGAUGCAAGGCUACAAGCUGGAUCAACACGAACUCGUCGUCAAGACCUCGCACAAAGCCAUGGACGCUGCUGAAGAACGAAGGCGCGAGGAUAAUGCGAAGAAGUUAGCCAUGCGGGGAACAAAGAUCCUUAUCAAAAACUUGCCAUUCCAAGCCACGAAGAAAGACAUCAGAAACCUCUUCAGCGCAUAUGGCAAACUCCGGUCUGUCCGCGUCCCGCAGAAAUUUGACAGGACGGCUCGUGGUUUCGCGUUUGCUGAUUUCAUAAGUGCGCGCGAGGCGGAAAAUGCCAUGGACGCGCUGAAGAAUACCCAUCUUCUGGGUAGGCGGCUGGUGUUGGAGUUUGCGUCCUCGGAAGCUAUUGAUCCUGAGAAGGAGAUUCAAAACAUUGAGAAGAAGAUGGAUGCUCAGGUGAAUCUGGUGAAUCUGAAAAAUCUUGCAGGUGCAGGGUCUCGACGUAAGAAAUUUAAUGUUGAUGCUGGCGAGGAUGAGGAUGGAUGA